AUGUCAACCGGCCUAGACAACUGGGCGCCGCCCACGAGCCAACUUACUCCGGCGACUGCAGAAGGUACGCUGCUUCAGGACUCACAAAACCCAGCUAGCUCAUUCCCUUCAGUAUACGAGCACGUGCGCCUGCGCCUGCGAAACCUUCGCAAUUUGCGGAAGUUUGAGAAAGAGGCGGAUGAAUCACGGCAGGCGCUAUCCAUGACACCUGGGGAACUUCGAAAGCUUGAGCGCCACCACUUUCCUCUCAAUACCUUAAUACAUCCCUUGCGCCUUGGUGACAUGGACGAUGAGCAGGUGCGCCAAGCAUCCGGGGCAGCACAGGCAUGGCUCUUUACCGUGCUCGAUUAUCAUGGCCGAACAAUGGGCAGGGAGCACGAAAUCCGGUUAUUCAGACUCGCCGUGGAGAAGGAGCGUCGAAGAGACGACUUGACAGAUCAGGAACAGCUCUACAUGGCGCUAUCAAACCCUGGACUCAGUUCGUCAGAAGACCGGUUACGAGCUGGAUUCAUGGUCGUGUUACAUGAGAAUCUACCUGAGAGACUACAAGAUGUCAGCGAAGUUGCAGGAAGACGAACUCGGCGCAUUAUUGAAGAAUCCAACAUGGAUGAUGAGAUGAUGAAUAUCGUCGAAUUCAUCGUGGAGAGGACGCAGUUCAUCAAAGUGGACCACUUCGCAUGCGCCAUACCCCUCUCACUACUCACCGAUAUCGCAGGCAAUACUUCGGUUGUAGACGACAAUGCCGGUUGUUGCCCUGUAUGUCAGAACUCAUACACGGACCUGUCGGAAUUCACAGUCAAGGACCUGUUGGCGGACUACCCGGUUCGGAUCAAAUACUGCGGCCAUGUAGUCGGCAAAGCCUGUCUAGAGCAGUGGAUGGUGACGCCAAAGAUCGACGAAGCCAAAUAUCCGUAUAGGACAUGCCCAUUAUGUCGUGUCAAGAUCGAGGGCGUGGAGUCUCCAACACCAGCGGCACUACUGUCAUUGCGAAACCACUUGCUAGCCGACGGACGAGCAACAAUCACUCUCCGCACGAUGCUUUACGAAUUCGGCGUAGAUGUGGAGGAGUCUGUCGAGACGAUAUGCGCCUGUAUGAGCGAGGAGAUUGCUUGUUUGGAGCUGUUGGCUGAGGUUGAACGCCGUGGUGGAGACUACAAGGAACAAGAGCGCGUACUGAAGUACAGGUUGGAGCAAUUGAAGAAGGAGAAGAGGGUGUGGGGAUUCAGAGGAGAUGGAAUAUGGAAGAAGUUUAGGGAUGACUGGAUGAACAGCACCGACUCAUAG